AUGUCUAAAAAGAGUGAGGAUGUUUUGUUAAUGGUAAAGCAUGUUCGGUACAAGAAGGUUGACGGAACUUUAUAUGUUAACUCUGGAAGAAUAGCUUGGAGGAAUCAAACUUCUGAUUCGUUCCGGAUUAGUGCUGCUUUCGAGGACAUUCGGCUACAGCGUGUUAGCUUGGACAAUAAAGAGAAGGUUCAGCUUCAGUUGUUGAUGCACAGUGGUGAAUCGUUUACUUUCCACUUUGCUGACACCGCCGGUCGGGGAAAGCAAUUAGAAAUGCGCAACAAGGUGAAGGAAAUGCUGCAGCUUAUGCUCCCAAAAUUUAAAGACAAGGCUCACUCUGAGUUGAACGAAAAGUUUCGCAUUUUGGAAUCGAAUCCUCAUCUACUAUCCCUUUACAAGGAACUGGUAGUUACUGGUAUAUUGAGUUCUGAAGAAUUUUGGGCUCGACCCGAAUUUUCACAGUCAAAGUCUGUGGGUUCAACGGCUCUCUCAUCAGUAGGGACGAAGGAUGGGACAACGCAAUCUCAGUGUGUGUCGCGUUCGGGAAUAUCAGUUAACCUAACUCAGGAGCGAACCCAGAUUGCUGGAGUCCCUAGUUGUUUACUAAGUGACAUCAAGCCCGAAAUGGACGGUACGAAUAGUAUCAAGUACAAUCUCACCAAAGAGAUAAUUGACGCCAUCUUUCGAGCCUAUCCUGCUGUUCGGCAGCGACAUCGAGACCUUGUUCCUGAUAAACUCUCGGAGGCGGACUUUUGGAAUAAAUUCUUUCAAUCACACUACUACCAUCGGGAUCGGGGAAUUAUCAAUCAAGAUGAUGUGUUCAGUGAGUGUGAUGGAUUGGAUGAAAAAAUCUUGCGGCAGGAGUUGCUUAGAUGCAGAAAAAUGCGCUUAGCAAGUCAUCUAGACGUUGGCGAUCUCGAAGAUCAUUCGGUAGGGGAAGGUUAUGGUGUUGAGCCUCCUCUUCCUCCCCCUAAUCCCACUUCAAAUGCAAAACAAAAAGUGAACACGAAUCAGCUACUACUUCAUCGUUUUAACAAACACUCAAUUCUGAUUAUGCGUGCUCUUGCCAAGUAUUCUGCUGGAGCAGCGUCUACCGCAGCUACUAAUGAGUCUGCUUACCGAGACCUGGCAGCAUCUGGUAACCUUAAGAGACGGUUUUAUGAAACUGAAGCUUGUAAAAACCCGAAAAUCUCAAGUUCUGAACUCGAACUCGCCGUCACCAAGGAUUACUUUCAAAGUCCAUCGUCAGUCAUGCAAUCGACAGUCUCCUCCCUCACUCAAAGUCAGGCCCGUCAAGCUUUGGCUGCCUGUCGUGCUUCCCUUUCUGUAUCCAGUCGGGGUGGUCGUUUGUUGUUUAAUAACAAUGACGUCCAGUUGGCUAUCGCGGACGUCUCAGCCGGCGGCUGCCUCAUGGCUGGCGGAAAGUCUGCAACUGGUGAGAAAGCCGGUGCACCUUCCUCUGUUCUGCUUCUACUUUCCCCGGAGCAAUCAAAGGAACUGAGCAUGCUCUAUUCAGCUGUGGGUGAACUCCUGCGUCACUUUUGGGUCUGCCUCCCCACAACCACCGUUGCAAUGGCGGAGAAGAUAAUUCGAAUUCACGAGAGUUUGGGUCGCUUUGAGACGACAAAAUUGACGCCUUUCAUUGAGUCGGUUGAGUCGACACUUUCUAGUGCUGGUGUGAGAGGCAACGGAGGCAGCGCAACUGGUGUCUAUAGGUGUCGCGUCACUGCCCACUUGGAAUCGCUGAUUAACGCCGCAAAAGACAAGUUCAACGAGUGGCAUGCAGGCCAACAAAGGCUAAGCAAUAGCCAAUAG